CAGAAUAUGAAGAUCGAAUUUAUCUUUGCCAUAUUGCUUAUUGCCACCAAUUUCAUAUAUGGUAUUCAUUCAACUCGCUUCACCAUAAAAAACAACUGUCCUUAUGGCAUCGCACCAGCAACUUUAACCGGCACAGGAGACUCAGUGUCAACCGGAUUCGAACUGGCACCCCAAGUCUCAAACACCAUUACCAUGCCGGUCCCAUGGUCUGGACGAGUCUGGGCCCGCUUCGGUUGCUCAAACAAUGGUGGAAAGUUCCAUUGUAACAGCGGAGACUGCGGUUCUGGUCAAGUAGGAUGCAAUGGCGCUGGUGCAGCCCCACCUGCAACCCUAGUUGAGUUUACUUUAUCACCUGCAGGUCAAAAUGACUUUUACGAUGUUAGCCUUGUUGAUGGGUUCAAUUUACCAGUUUUGGUUGUUCCACAAGGCGGUGCUCGUUGUCCAACGACUGAUUGUCCGGUUGACAUUAACGCUCAAUGCCCACAGGAGCUUGCUGUGAAGGAUGCAUCCGGUGGAACAAUUGGAUGUAAAAGUGCAUGUCUACAGUUUAACAAACCGGAAUAUUGUUGCACCGGCAAUUACAAUAGACCGGAAACAUGCCCGCCGACGAACUAUUCACGGUUUUUCAAGAAUCUUUGCCCCAAGGCUUAUAGUUAUGCUUAUGAUGACACAUCAAGCACUUUUACUUGUGGCAAUGGAGCUGAUUAUCUCAUUACUUUCUGCCCAUGAUGUUUCUUUCACAUAUGAAUAAUAAAUGCUUAUUUGCAUAUGUUUUCUUGUUAUUUAUAUUGUUAACCCAACUUAUUAUUUAAUCAUAUAAUACUUUUG